CAAGUUGCUAAAAUGGGGCAAGGUGUGGGCAAGCCAACCGACAUCGCCGCUCUUUCGGCUCUUUCGGUCGUUAGAAUUAGAAAAAAACUUCCGCCCGAUGAAGUGAACACUGUUGGCGGUGGAUGCAUCGUAAAGUGGGUGUUGGGAGGUUCAGAAUCAAGUCUAAAACAAUCAACAAACAGCAGUGUGUUUUUGCUUACCACAACGCAAGUGAUCACCAAGAAUGACUUGAUCGCUUCCGACGGCUCAAUCUCAGUCGAACUUUUCAACGGUGAUAGAAUUGCAUCGUUCAAUUUAGGCGUCAAAUGUGCGACUGAUUUGCUCGAACCCUUGCCUGGAAGACUUCUUAGAGGAACGGGCGAGGCUUUAAAGGAGGUAUCAUUCAUAAUGAUACCGAUUGAAAAAUUUGAUGACAGAAGUUGGUUCUUGUCGAAAUUUCAGGGUAACAUCUUUGAGAAGCGGUCCUUAACAUGCAGCCCUCCAAGUAAUGAAGCUUUGCAGUCCUACAUUUCAAAGAGAGAGGUGUUCUGCUGUGUGACGUGCGAUGACAGGACUAAAAACAACAGGCGAUUUGACACUGAAAUAUACUGUCUUGAGUUUGACGAAGUAUUAAACAGCGAGGAGUUUGUUCUAACUUCGCGCUCGAGUCAGGAGUGCACAGAAGAAAGGCGACUGAAACAAGAUUUCUACCGGGGAGAAAAUCCAAAAGGAGGUCUUCUUAUUGGCAUAGAUGGAAACAUUUUUGGAAUGCUGGCGAUAUCGACAGCAUCCAACAAAAUUUUUCCCUUGUUCCUGCCGACCUUGGACCCAGACAACAACGGGACAACCGUCGGUGAGUCUUGUAUAUCUAUUUUUUUUUUCACACCAUUAAUGUGGAAUACAAACUUUGACGGAGCAUUCACAUAAUUACAAAACUUUCUAUAAGGUGACUGUGAGCACUAGGAUUUUCAUUCUUGUUUGGAUCUCGAUAUUAAGUUAAAGGCUAGUUCGCAGUCUUCGAAGCCUCUCCUUCGCUCCUUCGAACACCUUUAUAGGGUCGAUAAGUGAAUGUAUUCGCUUUGAGAGGAUGAGUAGCUUAUGAUACAUCUCAGUAGCAUUGUUUUUCUGAGAAUUACUUAAGUCGGCCUCCUUGCUAAAGUGAAGGAAGAAUUUGAGACCCCGAGAAACCUGUCAAAGUUUGGAUUAAAUUCAGUGGCUAUUGUGGACCGGACACAUUAUAUCUCUCUUGCUUUACAACGGACUCUGAUCAGGAUAACUGAAUCGAACAAUAUAGACAGAUCCAAAAGCUAUAAUUUCCUCCGCAUUCCGUAUCAUCACAUUUGUCUUUUGGUCAGAUCUAGGCUUCGGUCAUUGCUUAUGCGUAAGAUACAAUCCGAGUAGCCAUCAUGCUCUCUUGAAUUUAUAGUUCGUCAAGUCUUUUUAAAUAUUUCCUGCUCCUGGGCUGGCACUACCGUCAAUGUCUCUGAAAAUGUUUUUUUUUAGUAGAACUCUAUACGUGAAUGUUACCACUCUCACGAAAGUUACGUCUCUUCUCGAAUCGCAACCAGGUAUUGUAGAGACUCUUGCUAUGACGGAGACUAACUUGCAGUCCCGAGGCUUGUCAUGCAAUUCUCAUGGCAAAGAUUUGCUAAGGGAGACUGUAAAUAUAUAGGGUGGAUUCAUUUGCAACAUACAAGUUUAGCAGUCGCAAUUUUCAUUACUUUUAAACCUAAAAACAAGUAAAAAAAUUCCAACAGGCGAAUGCGACAGCUAUAAGCGUAUGUUGCAAAUGAAUCCACCCUAUAUACAGGAUAUCACAUGGCCGCGCGGAGAUACGAAAUUUCUCACGACUGAAAUAUUUUUUCAACACAAGAAGAGAAAUUUCGUAUCUCCAAGCGGCCAUGUAUGUUCUAUUUAUUAUAUAAACACCAAUGAACUACCAAACCAUUUCACUUUAAUAGUUUUUUAGUGUGAAAGGCGCGAAUUAUUUUGUAGUUAUAGCAACGGUGAUAUUUUCACAUGUUAAGAUAACAUGUUAUUUUCACAUGCGAAGAUAUCAAGUUUUCGCGCGAAAGGUCACCUGGUAUUUCAUUUUAACUGAAUAUAUACAGGAAAAGAUGUUUGUAACAUAGCGGGCCCUACGAAAACUUCUAUUGAAGCUGGUGGUGGUCCUUUAAAAGCAAUUCCAGAUGAACAUGAUGAAAGGAUCAGUGAAGAAGCAAGGAAUAAAAUGAUGUCAAAUAACCAAGACGUCCCACGCGAAGGAGAAAAUCUCGGAAAUUGCAGAACCUCAGAGGUUCAGGGGAGUGGUAAUCCUGUUAGGAAUCCACAGGAGUUGACCAACAGCUCCUCUGGGCUGGAUCUUGUGCAAGCUGAUCAUGAGAAUGAGAAUUUGAACCCUGAUUUCAGUCCCCUGCCGCCCGAGGUAGAUCCCUCUCAUGAUGGUAAUGAUCAAGAUGACAUCGAGCCUGAUUGCCCGCCAUCACUACUUCCAGAGAAUGCAGAUCAAGCCGUUUCGCCUGAAGAUUAUUCACCACCUCCCCCAGCACAUCAUGAACCACUUCCAGAGGACAGUGACUGUAGUAGUAAUCUGGAUGGUGACGUUGAUGAACAAGAGCAGCCACUUUUAGAAUCUUCAGGUAUUGAAUGAGAUGCCCAUGUUAUAAUUUAAAGUGACUGGGGCGUUCUUUUGACUAGUUUUAAAGUCACUCAGCGAUUAUAAUCCCAGCCUUCUUAUUUAGGACAAGCUUCAAGUCUGCAAAUGUAUAAAUGUACACCACAGUUUUUUGCAGUGGAUACUAAAAUUGAACCCCAGAAGAUAUUUCUUGCCUGCCCCGGUAAGGGAAAGAGGGGGACACUCAGGAGAAGUUGGGUAGAGAUGAGCUGCUGAGGCCCUCAAACCCUAACCAAAGACUAAGACUUUUUUAAGAACCUGUAAACCGUGCGUUCAGGGGCACAUGUCCGUUUAGGCCAAAUCAUAGGCGUACGGGCCGGGGGGGCGAGGGGGGCUGCAGCCCCCCCAAAGUUUGGGCAACUCAGAUUUUUUGGGCAGCGAGAGGAAAUUUGGGCAAAGCCAGUUUUUAAAGGAAGUCUCCAUGUUCAUUUAAUUAUUUUAAAGAGCUGAAUAUUAACCUGAAGUAGGCGUAAUAAUCCAGUUACAUUACAGUGGUUGCUUAGCAUGUGAUGAGUAAUUUACAUAUUUGCAGUUUUUUUUUAUGGGCACUAUACUGCACUGCACUAGCUGGAAUGGGCUAUUUCCAGUCGAGAAUUGAUUAAAAUAAACUUUCGCAUAACUUUCUAGAAUCAUCUCCACUCGAAGAACAGUGUAUGGCAGAUAGCAUUUAGCAAUGGGUAUUGCCUGCCUUGCCUGCAUAGCAAGCGUUUCCGCGCGAUUUCGACUGAAAACUGUAUGAACAUGAAGAAGUGGCUGACUAAUUCUCAGUUUGAAUUACGAGAAGAAUCUUAAUUCUUUUAAAAAAUCUAUCGAGCGGCUUAGAAUUAUCCGCUGAUUUGUUAAAGUAGACCGAAAUGUUUACAAAACCGCUAACAAGAGUGUCUCGAUACAUACUAAUCAAAUCCUUCUUUCGAUUCUAGCAAUCAAGCAGAGCUACCUCCACGAUCUUUCACACAAGUUUUUAAAACGAUUAAAGCUACUAUGAGGUGAAAUUGCAGGACAAAAGCACUUCAUUUUCUACAGAUAAUGGCCAAAAAUCAAGAUUUUCUUUUCCUUACCGUAUUUCUAAUAAUAAAAAGUCAUUGCAAAAUAUCUCGAUAACGCUCUUAAGGUUUUGCUUAAACUUCACGAACAUCGAGGCGACCGUAUUGGAGAAAAAAGCUCCUGUGAACGAUUUUGUAAGGUUCCCGUACCGAGCAAAAAUAGGUAAUGGAGUCAUUUCGUUGCUACGACAACUCCGAUGUCACUGCAACCCUGAUAAUGCCAAAUUUUCAUCUUAAUACCACUGUGGUCGCAGUUUUUCCAAAUGUUUGCUUAUGGCGACGUAGUUUAUGCUCAGACGUGGUAUUGAUCCUGAAAACCUGUAUCGAGCCACCUUCAUAUGCCAGGACGGCCUAUGUUGUUGCAAUAUGGCCCUCAUUUCUUUUCGACUCUUUCGUGAAAAUUUGGGCAACUUAGGAGAUUUUUUUGGGCAAAUGGUUUACCGCCCCCCCUGGCAAAAAAUUUCCCGUACGCCUAUGGGCCAAAUAAAGAAUUCCUCCCUGCCCCUCAGGUUCCCUCGAUCGCGAACGUCGUCUUUCUUUCCUUAGAGCCACGCGCGCCGAGGGAAAAAGUAAAAUUAUGCAAAUUAAUGAUAAAACAAAGAGGAGAGAUUGUCUUCCCUCGGGCUUUCGCCCUCGUUUACCCUUUACGCUUACCUCUAGCUACUGUGACUCAAAAUAAAAAUAAGAGACUGCUCGUAGUCUACGGGUUGCCGGGACAGGUUACGAAUCGCUGCAUACAUUAAUAUAAUUCGCCAACUUUAUUUUCGUUUCCAUAAGGCACUGAUUCGGUAUGUUCUUAGGUAGGUACAUCUUGUUCGUUCACCUAAAAAUAGUAAAUAAACAACUCCGAGGCUGUGUGACCCAAGUUAGGUGUCCUUGGUUGAAGUUUCCAUAUGACGGCUAGGAUCAAUAUGUUCCGCGACCAUAGCGAUUGAAGCGAUAUGGGAACAAAACCUCUCUCCUGCGCAGAAGCCUCUUUGUGUCGUAGGAAGGCUGGGGAGAAGGAAAAAGAGAACGCGAGAGGCACGAUGGGAAGGGGAAAGAGAGAAGAAAGGCUCUCGCGUUUUCCCUCUUCCCAUCGUGCCCCGCGCGCUUUCUAUUUUUCGACUAUUUGCUAUUUUUAUUGGGAUAGCCAGCGGAAACUUCUGCGGAGGAGGAGAGAGGAACAACACUUCAGCGACGACUGAGACGGGGUCAGCCUUCACUUCUUCUUAUAUUGAGACUGGUUUUCACGAUCGCCGGACUCAUUGUACUGAUAUCAUAUGAAAAAAAACAACCUUUUAUUUAGUCUUAACCUUCUUACU